CACAUAACAAAAUUUUCCUUUUCCCCAUUCUCUCUUUCCAUAUGAAACACAACACUUCUUCCUGUUUUUUCCCAACCUUUAUUUCCACUGAACUCAAAAGAGUAUGCAAUCUUGUACGUAAAUUCAUUUUCUUGAUACCCUUUUCUCAUUUUCUUCAAGUUUUCAUGUUUCUCUAAUUAUCAAGCCAAAAUGAACUUAAGGUAUGCUCCCCAUAUAGUUAUAUUCUUGUUUUUUUCUUUUCAACUGGUCUUUUCCCGAUUGCCCACAAAUCAAAUUAAUACCAUGAGAAGUGUCUACGAUAUGCUUCAAAAUAAUACUGGUACUUCUUUUGUAUGGAAUGGUAAUGAUAAAACUUCAACCCCAUGUUCUUGGAGAGGUAUUUCUUGCAAUUCUGAUAAUUCUUCUAUAACCAAAGUGUCCUUUCCAUUGUUUUCUAUUUCUAGUUCUGACUUCUUGCCUUUGAUUUGUCAAAUUAGUACUUUGGAGUCUCUUGAUGUUUCCCAAAACCAUUUAAGUUCUAUCCCAAAUGAGUUCAUUACUAGUUGUGGGGGGAUUAGUGGGUUGAAAUUGUUGAACUUAAGUAGGAAUAAAUUGGUGGGUAUUUUGCCUAGUUUUACUGGUUUUGGAAAGUUGGAAUCUUUGGACUUUUCUCAUAAUAACUUGAAUGGGAAAGUUGAGUUGCAGUUGAGUGGAUUGAAUUCACUUAAGAGUUUGAACCUCAGUUAUAACCAAUUUAUUGGUUCAGUUCCUACUAGUCUUGGAAAGUUUAAUCUUUUGGAGGAACUUCAACUUUCUGCAAAUUCUUUUCAAGGUGAAUUUCCAACUCAAAUUGUGAAGUUUGGCAACUUAACUUUGAUUGACCUUUCUCUAAACAACCUGUCUGGUGUAAUUCCUGAUAGAUUAGGAGAACUUUCCAAAUUGCAAGUCUUGAUCUUGUCAUCCAAUAUAUUGAAUGGCACAAUCCCACAAUCCCUUAUGAAUAUCAAAACACUGACGCGUUUUGCUGCGAAUCUGAAUGGUUUUGUUGGAAGUAUACCGAUUGGUUUAACCAAGAACCUGAGGAAUUUGGACCUAAGUUUUAACGAUUUAAAUGGUACAAUUCCUCAGGACCUGUUAUCCCCACUGAACUUGCAGUUUGUUGAUCUUACUUCCAAUAAGUUAAGGGGACCUGUUCCUGCGAGCAUGUCGGUAAAUUUGAUCAGGUUGAGAUUGGGGCAAAAUUCUUUGAGUGGAUCAUUUCCAUCUGUUUCCUUUGGAAGUCUUCAAAGUUUGACCUACUUGGAGCUGGAUAACAACCACCUAAGUGGACCAAUUCCUUCUAAAUUGGGAAAGUGCCAAAAAUUGGCCCUUUUGAACUUAGCUCAAAAUAAUCUGAGUGGUCCUAUUCCUGUAGAGUUGGGUGAUAUUUCUAAUCUUCAGGUACUGAGUCUUCAGUUCAAUAGCCUCGUUGGUGAAAUUCCAAGCAACAUUUCACAGUUGAACAGAUUGCAGAGGCUCAAUAUCAGCGGGAAUUCAUUGACUGGUUCCAUACCGAGUUCGUUAUCAAGUUUGAUAAAUCUUACAAACUUGAACUUGCAGGGGAAUAAACUAAGUGGUGGAAUUCCGAUAGACAUUAAAAAUUUAUAUCAGCUGUUAGAACUCCAACUUGGAGGGAACCAACUUGGUGGGCGUAUUCCCGAGAUGCCGUUGAGUUUACAGAUAGCUUUGAAUCUGAGUCACAAUUAUUUUCAAGGGCCUAUACCAGUUAGUCUUUCUGGAUUAACUUCAUUGGAAGUUUUGGAUCUCUCUUACAACAGGUUCUCGGGUCAGAUUCCCGAUUUCCUGACUAGAAUGGGAGGCUUGACUAUUUUGGUGCUUUCGAACAACCAACUCUCUGGAGUUGUUCCAUCGUUUGGAAAAUUUGUCAGUGUUGAUACAAGUGGAAAUAGGGAGCUGAUCCAUUCUUCCCCGGUUGCUCCACCACAAGCUGCAAAAAAGGGAAGAAAAUCUGUAGUUGUUGCUGUUGUUGUCCCAAUCGCAUGUGUAGCGGCAAUUUCCCUUUUUGUGGCAAUUGCUAUUUCAAUCUCUAGAAGAUAUUACAGGAUCAAUGAUGAACAUUUUCACUCAGGAGAAGAAAUUUCUCAAUCCCCUGUCAUCCAGGGAAAGGUUUUGACUGCCAACAGCAUUCACAAGUCAAAUAUAGACUUUGCCAGGGCCAUGGUAGCAGUGUCUAAUCCCUCCAACGUUGUGUUCAAGACUAGAUUCUCAACCUACUAUAAAGCUCUUAUGCCAUCCGGUACGACCUAUUUUGUCAAGAAGCUUAAUUGGAGCGACAAAAUAUUUCAGUUGGGAAGUCAUGAACUAUUUGGGGAAGAGCUAAAGAAUAUUGGAAAGCUGAAUAAUUCAAAUGUCAUGAUUCCACUAGGCUAUCUUUUGGCUGCUGAUAGCGCUUAUCUCUUGUAUGAAUUUGCUCCCAUUGGCACCUUAUAUGAUGUUCUUCGUGGUAGCUUGGGCUACUCGUUAGAUUGGGCAAGUCGUUACAGCAUAGCUAUUGGAGUAGCUCAGGGUUUAGCCUUUCUUCAUGGAUGUGACACGAGUCCCAUCCUCCUCCUUGACCUUUCCAGCAAGAGCAUUCUCUUGAAGUCCCAAAAUGAGGCUCAGAUAGGAGACAUUGAACUCUACAAGGUCAUCGAUCCUUCCAAAAGCACAGGCAGCUUUUCUGCUGUUGCUGGUUCUGUCGGUUAUAUUCCUCCAGAAUAUGCAUACACCAUGAGAGUCACAAUGGCUGGAAAUGUGUAUAGCUUUGGGGUGGUCCUGCUGGAAUUGUUGACAGGAAAGCCUGCAGUUAGUCAGGGAACCGAGUUAGCCAAGUCGGUGUUGAGCAGCUCUGAGCAGCACAGCAAGUGGGAUCACAUUCUUGAUUCUAGUGUUAGUAAAACAUCACUCAGUGUUAAGAGCCAGAUGUUAGCAGUCCUCAAAAUUGCUCUAGUUUGUGUUAGUGUCUCACCAGAAGGCCGGCCAAAAAUGAAGAGCGUGCUUCGGAUGCUUCUCAAUGCAAGGUAAUCGGAUGUCAAAGGAAAGUUGAAGAGAAAAUUGCGAAGAUGGUUUUCUUAUUUGCUUGUUUUUUUUCUUUUCUUAUGGGGAGGAGCCUCAAGUGGUGAAGGUGUUUGUGAACUAUGCAGAAUAUGCCAAUUUUGCCAGUUUAUACAUAUUAGUAUACAUAUAGGUAUAUGAUGAUAAUAGCUACAUAACUUUGAAUAUGAUAUCAGUUCGCAUUGUAAUAUAGUCCAUUUUUCUUAUUCAUGUGUCAUAUGUACAAAAGGUCUUUGGGAAUGAAUCCAAUUUGUAUUACAAAACUUCUUUCAUGUAAAA